GGCGGGGGCAGCGCCUCCCGCUCGGCGCCUGCGCUCGCCGCUCCACCGGAGCCUCCGCCGGCCUGGCACGGCCCAAACCGGGGGUACCCCCCCCCGUGCUGCCACCGGAGACCCCCCAAACCCCACCGAGCCGCCACCCCAAGGCUCGCAGAACAAUGGGCUGAACGCAUCCUGCGUCUUCCAGCGCUGGGAGCCGCCGGCACAGGCCGGGCUGGGAGUUGCGGGAGCUGCAGAGCCGCCGGCCCCGGUUUGAGGAGCGACAGCGCCGGUAGCAGCAGGUGCCCCCAUGGCGUCGUUCCGCAUCCGGCAGUACCAGGAGCAGGACUACGAGGCGGUGCGGGCGCUCUUCGCCCGCGGCAUCCUGGAGCACGCCCCGGCCGGCUUCCGGCACGUGCUGCGUGCGGCGCGGGUGCGUCUGGCGCUGCUCGCCGUCUUCGUGGCCGCCCGCGCCGCCGCCGGCUCCUGGGUGCUGGGGCUGGGCGCGGUGGCGCUGGCGCUGGUGCUGCUGUGGGUGCUGGUGCGCUCGCUCAGCGCCGAGUACGUGCGCGAGGCGCUGGGCACCGACCUGUGCGACGUGCCCGGCACGUACCUGCGCCCGCCCGACCGCUGCUUCUGGGUGGCCGAGGAGGGCGGCGCCGUGGCGGGCAUGGUGGCGGCGCUGCCCGCGGGCCGCGGCGAGCUGGAGCUGAAGAGGAUGUCGGUGAGCCGCGAGCACCGGGGCCGCGGGCUGGCGCGGGCGCUGUGCCGGGAGGUGCUGGGCUUCGCCCGUGCCCGCGGCUUUGGCGCCGUGGUGCUCAGCACCUCCAUGGUGCAGGUGGCGGCGCAGCGGCUCUACGAGGGGCAGGGCUUCCGCAAGGUGGGCGCCUCGUACCCCUCGCUGCUGGGCACCCUGCUCAACUUCCAGAUCUUCCACUACCGCUACGAGCUGGGCGACGGCGCCAAGUAGGGGCUGGGAGGGCGGCGCUGGCACCGGGACCGGGAGCCCAGCACGGCGCCCCAAAGCUGGCACGCAGCCGUGGCACCCCCAGCACCGUGAGCCCAGGGCAUGAGGCGCUGCCGUGGCACGCGUGGCGCUGCCGUGGCACCCGACCCCUGGCACCGGUAGGGCACCCCAAACCCGGCCCCGGGACACCGGGCAUCACCCCAGCACCGCCACCCCGAUCCUGGCACAGCGGCACCGCAAUCCCGGCACACGAGGCACCGCCACAGCACCCCGGCCUGGCACGCGUGGCACUGCCGUGGCACUCCACCGCAGCACUCCGACCCUGCACAUGGCACCCCUUCCUGGAUUUCCAGCAGCGGGCAAUAAAGAGAGACCUGUGGGAA